GUGGACAGCAUUAGCAUUUAGCAGGAUUCCUAAUAAACCGGUCGAGAGCUGGAAUGGACUGAGAAACCCUAGCUGUCUUUUUGGUCGAAGACCGAGCUUGAUCGAAAUAGAACUCGAGCAGGGUUAGUUAUGGCGAGCAAGGCCGCGGCGGCGGCGGCGGCGGCGGCGAACGCGGCGGCCAAGGGGGCGGCUGAGGGGUACCAGUACCCAUGGAGGGAGAAGCUGGCCAAGUACAAGAGCGAGCUCACCAAGGGGGUCUGGGGCUAUUGGGAGCUCGGCGCCUGGAAGCCCCUCGCCCUCAGCGCCCGAAAACGUGCGCGCCUCCGCAAGGAGGUCCUCCUUGCUGGAGAGAAUUGGCCCUACGAUCCGCCGAAGAAGGAGAUGAGGAACAAGAGGAAAGGACACAAAUGCGACCGCGUGGCUGCAGAGAAGCGGGCAACUACUGCUGAGUUGAUGAAGAAGAUGCCGGAAAUGCUGUUGGAUUAUAAGAAGCGGAGGUGGGAGAAAAAGAUGCAAGAGGAAGAAGGAAAGAGCUGAUCAUGAUGUAAUAUCUUUUUGUAGUUCUUGUUUUCUGUUGAAUAAUGUUGCAACAUUUUCAGUUAUUAUAGAAUCUCACUGUAGUCUCAGUUUUGAGAGGAGCAUUCGUUUGGAUUCAAUUUCAUUGAGGAGCUCUUAUCUGUUUGAAACAUUGUCAUUUUCUUGGUUGACAAAAUUUAAGCAGCUCUAUAAUCUUAAUGGUGGCUUGCACUUGUAUUGGCUUG